GAGGGGGGGGGGCAACCUAGGAGAUGAGGCUGGUGGGGUUGACGGGCGGGAUCGCGUCCGGGAAGAGCACCGUGUCCAACCUCUUCAAGGACGCCGGAGUCCCUGUCGUCGACGCCGACGUCGUUGCUCGGAAUGUAGUGCAGAAAGGUACUGGAGGUUGGAAGAAGAUUGUAAAAGCCUUUGCGGAUGAAAUUUUGUUAGACAAUGGAGAAAUUGACAGAGCUCGCUUGGGACAAAUUGUGUUUUCUGACCCAUCAAAGCGACAACUUCUUAACCGUCUUCUGGCGCCACAUAUUUCUUCUGGCAUAUUCUGGGAGAUUGCAAAACUGUGGAUGAAGGGAUGCAAGGUUAUCGUCCUCGACAUCCCGCUGCUGUUCGAAACAAGGAUGGAUAGAUGGACAAAUCCAGUCAUUGUUGUCUGGGUUAAUCCAGAAACCCAGAUCGAGAGGCUCAUGUCAAGAGAUGGGUGCUCUGAAGAACAAGCUCAGAACAGGAUCAACGCACAGCUUGCUCUGGACUGGAAGAAGUCGGAAGCGGACAUAGUGAUCGACAAUUCUGGGUCACUGGAUGACACCAAACAACAGUUUCAGGAGGUGUUGAGGAAAGUCUCCGAGCCCUUGACAUGGAAGGAGUGCUUGCGAUCCCGAGACGGUCUGAUCUCUGUUGUCAUGUGUACAGCAGUGGGGGUAUUACUUGCCCAGAAGAACCUGCUAUCAUCCUGAUAAGUUUGAGGAGGUUAAAACCAGUGAUGAUGUGUUUCUGGAGACCGGCACAAAUAAGCUCGUCUGGUCUCUUAAGAGUGGAAAUUGGAUGGCUGCAUUUGAACCAUAAUGAUAAAAUAAAAUUUCAUAUGAUUUAGUGUUUUACGGUA